AUGUCGAUCGAUAGAGUAGUGGCUUCUCUUAAGGUGUUAAAUCCACAUGAAGCAUUCAGUUUUAACAAAUUUGUUGCUUCAGAUAGUGGUGCAAAUUGUUAUAGGGUUCUAGGAGAGGGUAAUUCAGAUUAUGUUGUUUUCCAAGUGGAGUCUGGGGCUCACUGUAUACAAAUAUUUGAUUCAUGGGGUGGACAACUACCACCUGGUAUGUGGGAACGCUGGUCAAAGCCUUAUAUCAAAGAGAUUGUAGAUUUGGUCAAGAAAAGAUGCCCUGAGACACCAAUUGUUCUUUAUAUAAAUGGAAAUGGUUGCCUCCUUGAGUGUAUGAAAGAUACUGGAGUUGAUGUUAUUGGGCUGGACUGGACUGUGGAUAUGGUAGAUGGAAGAAGAAGAUUGGGUAGUGGAAUAGGUAUGCAGGGAAAUGUGGACCCUGCCUACUUAUUCUCCCCACUUCCUGCCCUCACUGAAGAAAUUCAGAGGUUGGCUAUUUAAUAUCUUUUUAACUCUAACAUUCUUCAUUCUCGAUAGUCAUAUCCUUUACCUAUUCAGCCUGCAUU